UCUCUUGACUUUAAUGCAUGCUAGUAGAAGCCUUGCACUAGAUCAUUUUGUCCUUGUACUUGAUUUUUUCAACUUUUCAGUCUACCAGUCAAUCCAGCUUCUUACUCUUAGAGUUUUAGAUGGAGAGUUGCAUGAACCAUAGAGAAACGUAGUAGAAUUAUUGCUCAAAAACAGCAUCAAAAUGCACUAGAAACAACCACAACACAUAUAACACAUGGAGCCAUGGUGCAUGGGCACUUCCAAUACCAAUAGGCACAUACAUACAUACAUUCAUAGAAUUCCUUCUAUUGGUAAAUCAUUGAAGUGGUAGGCCACAUAAAUGAGAGAGCCGUGGAGCUAGAAUCAUAUCAAUAUUCUAUGAGCAGUCACACUACUCCAAACUUGCACUCAUUGGAACAAAACAAUGAAGUGUCAAGAACUUCAGUUGGAGCAGAUCCCAACUCGCAACAACAGAGACCCAAGGGGAGAGGCUUUGCUCGUCCGUAUGUUGGGUGGGGUACAGGAGGGAAGUUAGAAGUUACAUUGAAUAAAGACAAUCAACCAAUAGGUAACACGGCGGGUCCCUUACAAAGUCAACUUGACAUCUUCGCAAGAAACGCAACUUUGGCACCCUUAACUUUUACUGAUUGGAGGGCUCCAGAGCUAUAUCCAUACAAGGAACGCAUAUGGGCAGAUUUUAAGAUUGAAUCAGUUGAGCUAAUGUUGUUGCUGCUAUAUUGUCGGUGUUUAGUUGUUAAUAUACUUAUAUGCAGGAAAAUACAACCGCACCAGAUGUUUAUAAGCAUAAUUGUCUGA